AUGACAAGUAUUGGAACGUUAUUCAACAAUAUAGAAGUGUUCAUUGUGAUCUGCGAUGACUACCGUACCAUGAAGUCGAUCCAGUUAAAGGACCGGAUGGUUAUGCUCUACAUGUUGUUCAAGAAAUUUCCAUCGGGCCUACAUCCACGUCGUUACGGAUCCGUGGACUUUGAUUUAUUUAGCUACUCUAAUAUGAAACUGUUCGUUCCGAUGGCUGCAUUGGAGAAUGUGCCAGCGGAUAACUCGUGUACCUACUAUGAGGUGAAUAGUUGUAGCGACCCACAGAUGUUUCAGGAUAGCUUAACAGUGGAGAAUCCAUCCGGGUUCAGCGAAGCAUGUGGAGUGUUCAAAAACAGCAGUUUCGAGAACAUUGCAGCUUGUUUCUGCAGCGAUGAUGACUGCAAUGGAGAACAGACGAAGACAUUCAUUGACAACAGUAUACGCCUUCCAACUCCUCUCCCGGAUACUACUUCAUGGAGUUUUGUGCCAAUAUCGAAUAAAACAAAAGAGGUUUUACAAUGUUUCCGGAAAAACAUGUAUCCCCCUGGAGCGAGUCCAGUGAAAGAAAGCAAAGCGGAUGAAUCAAGUAACUUGAUGGAAUGGAUAGCCAUAUGUGUUGCGGUGGUGAUGGUAAUAUGCUGUAUUGCCCCAGUUGCCUACUAUUAUGUAGCAGAAACUCGAAGGGUAAGUUAUUACUCAGAGGAGAAGACAUUCAGUGCGACACCGUACACGAAACCUACCAGAGCUCCGCCGAUCUCACAGACAAAAUUAAAUGCAAGAGGGUUAAAGGAUCUCGAUGACCAUGAUAUCGACGGCUUACUCUCCAACUUGAGCAUUGAAGAACUAGAAGACCUCAACGAUGAUUUCGACCCCGAUAUCGACGUUCUAGUCGGGGAAACCCUCGGAGGAGGGAAAAUGCGUCAGCUUGCUGGUGCUAAGCUUGUUGCAUUUGACACUUUUAUUGGAGGUAUGCCAGAAGAAUUACCGAAUGUUCAGGGAAGAGGGGAUAUCAAGUAUCGUUGUUGA